AUGUCAAGCUUAUUGCGGCGGUCGACCGGUCUUGCGCGGGUCGCUAGCAUUUCGCUCAGCGCCUCUGCCCGUUCUACUAUACGAUACUCGCGUCUACUACCCACCUCCCAGUCUGCCUGGGCAAUCCAGCUACAGCGUUAUUAUUCCGAAAAGAAGCCCGAGAAUUCCGGCGAUGGGAAAGAAACCAGCCAAAAUGGGGUGCCUGGGUCAAAAAAUCCAAAUUCGAAGCCCCCCCAAGUGAAGAACUAUCGAUCGCCGGGACCAGCGGAGGAUGAUGCGCCAGCAACAUCUGGUCCUAAAAAGGACGACUCGUUCACACCGCGCCCGGACUGGAUAAAACUGACUGACGAAGAGUUUGAUGAAUUGAGGCGAAUAUCAAAUCUGACGGGUCUAGAUAAUACCAGGUUCUUGGAGAUCUUACAAAAAACGGGAGUGCCUAUAGAGUUUCGGGAUCUAAUUAGAAACUCUAUAGGGAAGACUGUCGGCCCUGGUGAAGUUGGAAGAGCAUGGAAGAGUCUGCAAAAGUUGAAUGACUUGUUGAAUGGUAUGGACUCGGGAGAAUUUCUUAAGAAGAGAUCCAGCUACUUUAACGCAUCAAAAAGACCUCGGGAGCAAGAGAGAAAGGAGCAGGGACGAGAAGAGCAGGACAAUGGCCAGCAGAGGCCCAAAGAGGGCGAAAAGGGCUUCAACGGUUUCAACUCGAACAAGAAACCUCCAGGCCCUGACCCGAAUAUGAACCCGAUGCGAGGAAACGACUGGCUUACGAUGGUCGUGGGCUCGGCUAUUGCGUACUGGCUUUACAAUUCCUUGUUCGAAGAGAGUGGACGAGAAAUCACAUGGCAAGAACUGAGGAAGAACUUCUUAGACAAGGGUCUUGUUGAAAGAAUGGUUAUUCAGGGCCACCGAGUCCGCGUUGACCUUAACCGGGACGCGGUCCAGGCUAUGUAUCCUGACUCACCUGCGGCACGCCCUGGUUUCCACUACUACUUCUCUAUCGCCUCUGCUGACGCCUUUGAAAGGCGGUUGGAAGAAGCACAGAACGAACUCGGAAUUCCAAGCAACGAGAGGAUUCCUGUUAGCUAUGCCCCCGAAAGCCCAUUCUUAAACCUCUUGAUAGCGUUUGGCCCAACGGUACUACUUGUCGGUCUGCUCGUCUGGGCUUCACGACGUGGUCCCGGCGGUGCUGGUGGAUCUAGCGGUAUCUUUGGUUUCGGAAAGAGUAAGGCGAAGCGUUUUAGCCACGAGACUGCCAUCAAAGUCAAGUUUUCGGAUGUAGCCGGCAUGGACGAAGCCAAGCAGGAGAUCAUGGAGUUCGUGAGCUUCCUCAAAAAGCCGGAACGCUUCCAAAGACUUGGCGCCAAAAUUCCCCGUGGUGCGAUUCUUGCCGGGCCUCCUGGAACUGGUAAGACGUUGCUUGCAAAAGCUACUGCGGGUGAAUCUGGAGUGCCGUUCUUCAGCGUAAGCGGUUCCGAAUUUGUAGAGAUGUUCGUGGGUGUUGGUGCGUCUAGGGUCAGAGAUCUCUUUGCUACGGCGCGAAAGAACACACCGUGCAUCAUCUUCAUUGAUGAGAUUGAUGCCAUUGGUAGGUCUCGAUCGGAGGGACAGCGGUUCGGAGGAAAUGAUGAGCGAGAAGCCACGCUUAACCAGAUCCUCACGGAAAUGGACGGUUUCAACACCACCGAUCAGAUUGUUGUCCUUGCCGGUACCAACCGAGUAGACGUUUUAGAUAGGGCAUUGAUGCGACCUGGUCGAUUUGAUCGACAUAUCAAUAUUGACGCUCCGACAAUGGCAGGACGGCAAGACAUCUUCAAGGUGUAUCUGAAGAAGAUUGUGACGCAUGAAGAAUUUGAAUAUCUAAGCGGACGGCUCGCGUCUCUAACCCCGGGCUUCGCUGGUGCCGAUAUUGCGAACUGCGUAAACGAGGCCGCACUCAUUGCUGCAAGGAACAAUGCUGCAUCAGUCACAUUAAAGCACUUUGAACAAGCUAUCGAGCGUGUAAUUGGCGGUCUCGAGCGCAAGUCGCUCGUGCUAAACCCGCUAGAAAAGAAGACAGUAGCUUAUCAUGAGGCCGGACAUGCUAUCUGUGGCUGGUAUUUUAGAUAUGCGGAUCCGUUGCUCAAGGUUUCAAUCAUACCCCGAGGUAAAGGUCUCGGAUAUGCGCAAUACGUGCCAGGAGAUGCAUACCUGAUGAGCUACGAGCAGCUAAUGGACCGGAUGGCUAUGACGUUAGGCGGCCGGAUCUCAGAAGAAAUCCACUUCCCUACGGUUACAACGGGAGCCAGUGACGACUUUGAUAAGGUGACUCGAAUGGCCACGGCUAUGGUAACGCAAUGGGGUAUGUCAGAAAAAGUUGGGCCGCUACACUUCCGCAACGACGAGAGCAAGAUCUACAAGCCUUUCUCCGAGGGGACGGGACAAGUUAUCGACGCAGAAGUGAGACGUAUUAUAGAGCAGGCGUAUAAGAAGUGCAAAGACCUUUUGCUGGAGAAAAAGAAGGAAGUAGGGCUUAUUGCGGAGGAAUUGUUAAAAAAGGAAGUGCUGGUUCGGGAUGAUAUGGUGCGGAUUUUAGGUCCUCGGCCGUUUAAUGAUAGGGACGACUUUUCUAAGUAUUUCGGUGGUGAUGCUAGGAAGGCGCCACCGGGGCCUCCGCCAGCACCGUCUUCGCCAUCGCUUCCCGAUGCUCCUGAGCCACCAUCAAGCCCGAGCCCUGGAUUGUUCAGGGAACUUAAGAGCGAGGAUGAUAGGUAG